AUGACUACAACAAGGAAAACAACAGGCAGUUUCCCAUUUGUGGUCUCGAAUGGGCCAAAGGUGCCCAAAGAAGCUCGCACAAUGAUCCGAAAGCAGGCUAUGAAGGAUGUCGGCUUCGCAAGAAAGAAGAAGGGCAAUUAUGGACGCGUCAAUCUCAGACAGCUUCCACAAUAUGCAGGAACGACGGAGCGCCCCAGCAUCCCAAUCCGGUCAACAGUGGCAAACGUCAGCACAAACGGCAGCAGUAUGCUCAGGAUCCGGAGCGAUUCUAGGGCUUCCGGCACCUCCACGCCCAGUCUGGACACUUCAGACACUCUUGAUUGGGCCGAUGAAGUUGUCGAGAUCCAGGAAGAUAGUACAGAUAUGGAUUCUGCAAUUACCCGGUACGAUGCAGAUCAGUACCUUUCAUGCGAGCUCGUCCUCGCCGACAUGGCUCUAUAUCCUGAAUAUGAGCGUGCUCGGUCAAAGUUUGGCAUCGACCUGUCAAGUCUAUCAAUAUUGACCAAUUUCAAUGUUGGCAAAAGCACUAUAGCUAUACUAUCGGCAGAUCCGACACGUUUGGCCUCGCUACUGAAUCUACAGCAGUGGUCCUAUCUCGAGUAUAUACCGGCUCGGUAUGGGACCAGCAAGUGCUUGACUGCCGCCACUGACUGCCUGUUGGCGAAGGUGCAUACCGUCCUAGCACCCAAAGAGGAAUGUUAUGCAGUAUGUAGUCGACUAUAUGGCAAAGCUCUGCGCACGCUCCAAGAAGCCAUCGCCUCUGAUUCGUCUGCCAUGGAUGCAGACGUACUCUGCGCCACACAACUGCUCAGUCUCCACGAACUCUUGGAUCCAUCGAGGGAUACGGCAUGGUCACAACAUGUACAAGGCUCCGCCCGCCUAGUACGCCACAGAUCUGCUUCCCGAUUCAUCACCGAGUUCGACAAGGCCCUGUUUGCAGCGCACGUCGGUGGAAUUGUGUCGGAAUGUCUCAUAAAUAACACAAGCUGCUAUCUCGAGGCCUCAGAGUGGACUAGUCUGUAUUCAUCAAUGACACAUGAAACGACCUUCCUUUCCGAGCGGAGUCCACUGACUAUCCAGAUGCGGGUCACCAUGUUCUCCGUACCUGGGCUGUGGCACGAUGUAGGAGAAGCGGUCAACGGUGAAGACUUCUGUAGCGAUGCAACGCUUGCCUCGCUCGAAAUUCGCUGCCGCUUGGCACAUAGGAGUCUUCUGGACUGGCUAGAGCAAUACAAAGCUCAUUGUGUGCGCUUAUCUCUGGUCCAGCCUCCGGCCACCGAGUUGGCUUUACGUCGAGAACUAUUUGGUGCCGCUAUGGAGUGCCUCGUCAUCGUCAAGCGGCUACUCAGUACCCUCUGCGAGCACGAAAGAAGAUCGCUCGAGAUCGAGACACAAGCCCUGGCGCAUCUCAUUUUAGACUUACAAAAACAGGCAGCGCCAAAACACUCAUGGCUCUUCAGUGGCCACGAGGUUGGGGUUGCAUAUACCGUGCUGUUGACAAAGGAUCAAUGGGAAGAGGAAUCAAACGAACUCGAUAUGGAAGAGAGACGAUUGGCGAUAAGAUCGCGGUAUAAUACAUGGAGUAACACACUCCGCAUGACUGGCUGA